AUGUCUGCAAGCGAGGACGUUACGCCCGUCAACGGCGACGAGAUGGACAUCAUCGUGCCCGAUGCAGCCCCUGUCGAUGCUGGUGACUCCAAGAAGGAGCCCGAAUCCGACGUGGACUGGAAAGCUCAGCGAGCUGCUGAUGACGAGAACAUCCAGAACCUGCUUGCCAAGGCUGAGGAGGGGCAGGGUAUCGGCAUCAACUUCAACGACGACACUCCCUUCGACCAGACCGACAAGGCUGAUAAUGCCGAAGAUUACGAAGAUAUCAGUGACGAUGACCUUCCGGAGGAGGAGGAAGCGACAGGCGCAACGUCGCUAUCCGUGCCCGGUCUGACAGAUGAUGGAGGAACGAGCAAUGACACUGAUGAUCUUUUUGGCGAUGGCCCUUCAUCACCCAUCGAGCCUGCGGCCGACGCCACAUCACCGCGACCGCAUAUCCAUGACCCCGAGGACCCCGAGUCAUAUCGUGACCUCAACUUCAACACCGACCCUUCCUCGCUUGCGACGAACCAGGACCCCGAUAUCCCACUCCUCCCGCGAUUCUGGCGAGCUUACCAAGAGAAGGCCUUCCGGGUGCCAGGGCCUGCCGCCACUACACGAAAACAGAGGCUGAUCGCAGCUGAGCUAUCAAAUCUGGUGGACUGUUCAGUGCCGGAUCCUGAAGACGAGGAUGGCAAGGAGGACGUGGAAAUCGAUUUCGAGUCCGAUUCAGAGACUGUCGGCGGCUUCACCCUCCAGGACAUCGACAUGGUUUGCGAUGACUGGGCGGUGCACAUCGACCAUACUGAAAAGGAGUUUGAGACCAAGGUCGCUGCGCAGACUGAAGCCGAGAACGUCACAGGUCACAAGAGGGCUGCAGUCGACGAUGAUCAGUCGGACGACGAUUGGGAUGCACUAUUCUUGAAGGAUGACAACGCUGUACAGCCUCGCAAGAAAGUCCGGAUUCCCCUUCCGGCUGGCUUGCCCGACAUCUCCCGUUUCACGGCGCCAUCGUUUGACUUGUUCCAAGAGAUGACGAAGCGUGGCGCGAAACGAGUCGUCCUCGACAUGAACGAUCCUUAUCUGCUGCUUGAAGAAACGGAGUCCCAGCGAGGUCCCAAGCGCCAGCGCACCGAGAAGACGCUCAUUCGUAUGGCGAGUGGGCACUCGAAGCCUGACAUCUUCCAGCGCUUCAACUUGUCAAAUGACGAAGCAUACGAAGCCCUCAAGGAGAACCACAAGCACAAGGUCAGAGCGACGCUGGGCAACCUCGGUGUCGAGCACAGUAUGCCUGCCCUGAGACUAGCCUGGCCGUACUACAAGGUCAAGCUGGACAUUCGCGGCCACGGCUAUCACCGACCUAACUUCCGUUUCAAUAAACAUGAGAGGCAGACAAUCAAGUUCGACAAGCUUACAUACCACAAACGGAAAACUAAGAAGGGUAAGGCCCACGAGGUUUUCCAAUCCACCAAGGACUUGGGUAUCACCGACAACUGCACGGCUGUCCUGUUCGAAUACUGUGAGAGAACCCCGCCCGUCCUCUCUAACUUUGGCAUGGGCAACCGUGUGAUCAACUACUACCGCAAACGACAAGUGGACGAAGAAGAAGUGCCCCCAAAGAUGGAUGUUGGCGAAUCUCACGUACUGCACCCGGAGGAUAGGUCGCCGUUUGCCAUCUUUGGUGAGGUCAAGGCUGGCCAGACCAUGCCCACGUUGCACAAUCAAAUGUACCGGGCGCCCAUCUUUAAACACCAGCCACGGUCCACCGAUUUUCUCUGUGUUCGCAGCUCGACUGGCGUGGAAGGCUCAAAGUGGUAUAUUCACAACAUUGACCAUCUCUACGUCGUCGGUCAAACAUUCCCAUCGGUAGAAGUCCCCGGCCCCCACAGCAGGAAGGUCACGAACGCUUCAAAGAACAGGAUCAAGAUGAUGUCGUACCGCAUGAUGAGACGCAGCCCCCACAGUGUGGUCAACCUAGCGGAUAUCACAAAACACAUUGCUGAAUCGACGGACGCUCAGAACCGACAAAAGUUGAAGGAAUUCCUCGUUUAUGCCAAGAUGGACAAAGGACAGUGGAAGCUGAAGCCUGGCGAGACGCUCAUGGACGAGGCCGGUAUUCGUGCAAUGGUCAAGCCCGAGGACGUGUGUCUUAUUGAUGGCAUGCAGCUGGGCAUGCAGAUUCUGGAAGACGCCGGAUUCGACCCCAACAACGUCAAUCUCGACGAAGACAAUGAUGACGUUGAAGAGGAGGAUGAUGAUCGUACUGCCAAGGGUGGAAAGAAGGCUGCCGACAAGAAUGAAGACAAGUUGGCCGAUAAGAUGGCCCCUUGGAAGACAAGCAAGGCUUUCAUAGAUGCUUGUGCCGGCAAGGCGAUGCUUAAGCUGCACGGAGAGGGUGACCCUACCGGCCAUGGCCUUGGUUUCAGCUUCAUACGAACGUCGAUGAAGGGCGGCUACAUUGAGACGGUUCAGAAAGGUGGAUCGCACACGACGGCGGCUGACGCCAUGGCAGCACACCCGGAUGCCAUGCGUAAAGCUUACAACGGACAUGCCUACAAUGUCAAGGAGCAGGAGGUCAUGUACAAGAAGGGCAUCCAUGAAAUUUGGGAGAAGCAGAAGGCCAGCCUCGGCGAUGGUUCCGAGAAGGACGAUAGCCUUGUUGUCCCCCCUCCGGCCGAUGAGGACGAUCGCUUCAACACGCACGUGUCGCAAACGCCUGCGCAUGUGGACGAGGGCGCCAGUCAAAUUACCGGAUUGACGUCCAACAGCCGCACCCACCACAAGCGCCUCAAGAUCACCCGGGACGUCAAGGGUGAAGACGGCACCAUCGAGCAGCGUGUUGUGAUUCUUGACGACCCUGUCAUCAUUGAUCGGUACAUCAAGCGCAGGAGAGAGAAGGAACUCGAUGAGUUGAAGGCCGACCCCGUUGUCGAGUUUCGUUCCGUGAAAAACAGGUCGCGCAAGCCCUCUGCGCGUGAACAGCUCCCUCCUCCCUGGAACACGAAGCCCUUCAAGUUUCCAUGCAAGGUCCUGCGGCGCUCCCUCGACAAGAUGAAAAGACAAACCGUAGCCACUCGAGCGGCGGCCAACGCGAAACGUCUGGAAGAAGCGAAACAGGCGGUUGCCGCGGCCACUGCGAGGCUCAAGCUCGCAUCGCAGAGGCCGGCAAAACCUGCCCCGCCUACCCCGGGCUUGGCUCGGACGAAUUCAAUGCCACCGUCAAAAGUGGGCGGGUUCAAGAACACCAUGACUCUCGACCGGCAGCCCAAACGCCAACGACCAUCGGAGCCCCCGGUGGAGGCUGCGUCGAACAAGAGGCACAGACACAGAAACAAGCAUUAA